GAGUACAUGAUCCUCGCCACCAUCAUCGCCAACUGUAUCGUCCUGGCCCUGGAGCAGCACCUGCCCGGAGAGGACAAGACCCCCAUGUCUAAGAGACUGGAAAAGACAGAGCCUUACUUCAUUGGGAUGUUCUGCUUUGAAGCUGGGAUUAAAGUGGUGGCAUUGGGAUUUGUAUUCCAUAAAGGCUCCUACCUAAGAAAUGGCUGGAACGUCAUGGAUUUCAUUGUGGUUCUGAGUGGGAUUCUGGCCACAGCGGGAGCUCACAUGAACAUCCCAGUGGACCUGCGGACCCUGAGGGCCGUCCGUGUACUCAGACCCCUCAAACUGGUCUCUGGAAUCCCUAGCCUGCAGAUAGUCCUGAAAUCUAUCAUGAAAGCCAUGGUGCCGCUGCUCCAGAUCGGCCUGUUGCUCUUCUUCGCCAUUCUCAUGUUCGCCAUCAUCGGCCUGGAGUUCUACAGCGGGAAGCUCCACAGCACCUGUCUGCCCAUGCCCAAUAUCCUAGAGAAUGAGACGGUGGACAAGUCUGAGUCAGAGUUCCCGUGUGGGGUAAGGAAGUGCCCUGACAAGUACACCUGCCAUGACACCUGGAUCGGCCCCAACGACGGCAUCACCCAGUUUGACAACAUCCUGUUUGCUGUGCUCACCGUCUUCCAGUGCAUCACCAUGGAGGGCUGGACCACCGUGCUCUACAACACCAAUGAUGCUUUAGGCCCCACUUGGAACUGCAUGUACUUCAUCCCUCUGAUAAUCAUUGGCUCCUUCUUCGUGUUGAACCUGGUAUUGGGAGUGCUCUCAGGAGAGUUUGCCAAAGAGAGGGAGCGGGUUGAGAACCGCAGGGCGUUCAUGAAGCUGCGGAGGCAACAGCAGAUUGAGAGGGAACUCAAUGGCUACCGGGCCUGGAUUGACAAAGCAGAGGAGGUGAUGCUUGCAGAGGAUAAUAAGAAUUCAGGACCGUCUGCUCUUGAUGUGCUGAAGAGGGCCACAAUCAAGAGGAGAGAGGAGAGGAGAGGACUGGACCAGCAGUAUGGUGACAUCUCUUCUGUGGGCAUCCCGAUGACCAGAGCCAGCAUCAGGAGUGCUAAGAGAGGACCCACCGCUUAUUUGAAGCGUAAGGAGCGUCUGCUGCGGAUCUCUCUCCGCCGCAUGGUGAAGACACACAUCUUCUACUGGACCGUACUGGGCCUGGUGGCCCUCAACACACUCUGUGUUGCCAUCGUCCAUCACAACCAACCCCACUGGCUGUCUGUGUUCCUCUACUAUGCAGAGUUCCUCUUUCUGGGUCUGUUUCUCACUGAAAUGUGUUUAAAGAUGUACAGCCUGGGACCCAGACUCUACUUCCACUCCGCCUUCAAUCGCUUCGACUGCGGGGUGAUAGUGGGAAGCAUCUUUGAGGUGAUGUGGGGAUUCUUCAGGCCUGGCAUGUCCUUUGGCAUCAGUGUGCUGCGUGCGCUCCGUCUGCUGAGGAUAUUCAAGAUCACCAAGUACUGGGCGUCGCUGAGGAACCUGGUGGUAUCCCUGAUGAAUUCUAUGAAAUCAAUCAUCAGCCUCAUUUUCCUCCUCUUCCUCUUCAUCCUGGUCUUUGCUCUGCUGGGCAUGCAGCUCUUUGGUGGCAGGUUCAUCUUUGAAGACUACACUCCUACAAACUUUGAUACUUUUCCUGCAGCCAUCAUGACUGUAUUUCAGAUUCUGACAGGAGAAGACUGGAAUGAGGUGAUGUACAAUGGGAUCCGCUCCCAGGGAGGAGUGAAGUCAGGAAUGUGGUCCUCCAUAUACUUCAUUGUACUCACACUCUUUGGUAACUACACGCUGUUGAAUGUUUUCUUGGCCAUCGCUGUGGACAAUCUGGCCAAUGCCCAGGAACUAACCAAGGAUGAAGAGGACGAAGAGGCUGCUUUCAAUCAGAAACAUGCUCUCCAGAAAGCAAAGGAAGUAGGGGCCAUGUCUUCCCUGAUGUCGUCAGAGAGGGAGAGGAGUAGACGGAUGACCAUGUCUGUGUGGGAGCAGAGAACCAGCCAACUGCGCAGGCACCGGCAGAUGUCCAGCCGAGAGAUCCUCUUCAGCAACCCCAGUGAGGAGCAGGAAGCGCCCCCUGGCUGUCCCCACCACCUCAAAGCAACAGGCACACCCACAGGCAGCUUGAAGCUGGCUGAUCCCACAGCUGACCCUAAGGACUUCACAGCUAAGCCCCCAAAGCCCAUGGAGAUUCCCCUAGAGGAACCAGCCCUGUCCAUGGUUGUCCCUGAGCCCCACUUAUCCAGCCCUUUACCAGAGCCAUCCGAUCCCACUGACACGCCCCUGCCGGACUCCCCCACGUCCGUAGCUGUGUUCAUACCGGAGCCUACAGAAUCUGAGCCAUGCCCAGAGGGCAAGCGUGGCAUCCCCAACCACUGCCACCAAGGCUUCAAUGGCCGCAAGAGCCCCUGGUUGAAUGGGGAGAGAAGGCAGAGAGCGGUGCGUAAGUUCCGCCCUCCUGCUGGUGACACCCUGACCACUGACAUGGAAGGCAUGAGGCUCAGGAGGCCACACGGCACAGGGCACUGUGAGGCUCAGGCUGGGGCCAGAGGCCUGGACUCAACUCAGGCGGAGGGCAGCAGUCUCGCUGUCAGCAUGGAGAGGAAGACCCCAGAGGACCCAGUGGAGGAGGUGAGGAAAGAUGGUAACAAGGGAGAAACCAGCCAACCUUCCAAGACCAGGGAGGCUGAACACAGACAGAUGGACCAUGAUCAGACUGGGGGUCAUGAGCUGCAGAACAGGGAGGAGGGUCUACAGUCAGAUCCACCCACCCUGCAGCCAUCUCAGGCUGCAGUUCUGGCGCUACCAGAGGGCCCCACAGGAGACAGUGAGACCGAUAGCAAUGCCACCACUCUGAACCAGUCCCCUCUGAGUUCCAGUGUCGUCAUCGAGGUGACCGAUGUCCAGUUGUCACUAGAGCUCACCCCCAUCACAGGCAACAGUAAAGAUGUGGAGGCAUCCAAGCCUGAGAAGGACGAGGAAGAGGUGGCCAACCCAGUCAAUACUGUCACACCUGACAGUAUGUUCAUCUUCAAACCUGACAAUCCGAUCCGCCGGGCCUGUCACUAUGUGGUGAACCUGCGUUACUUUGAGAUGUGCAUCCUGCUAGUGAUCGCUGCCAGCAGUAUCGCCCUCGCUGCAGAGGACCCCGUUUCAGCCACCUCUGACUGGAACAAAGUUUUGCGUUACUUUGACUACGUGUUCACAGGUGUCUUUACCUUUGAAAUGAUAAUAAAGAUGAUAGACCAGGGCUUGAUUCUCCAUGACGGCUCCUACUUCCGGGACCUGUGGAACAUUCUAGACUUCAUCGUGGUGGUCGGAGCUCUGGUUGCCUUCGCCCUCACGAAUGUGCUGGGAAAUAAUAAAGGACGGGACAUCAAAACCAUCAAGUCUCUUCGGGUGCUGCGCGUCCUGAGGCCCCUGAAGACCAUCAAGAGACUGCCGAAACUCAAGGCAGUGUUUGACUGUGUGGUGACCUCUCUGAAGAACGUCUUCAACAUCCUCAUCGUCUACAAGCUCUUCAUGUUCAUCUUCGCCGUCAUCGCUGUGCAGCUGUUCAAGGGGAAGUUCUUCUACUGCACUGACGGAUCCAAAGACACAGAGAAGGACUGCCAGGGCUUCUACAUAAACUAUGAGAAAGACAAGCAGGAGGUGAAGAGGAGGGAGUGGAGGAGACAUGACUUUCACUAUGACAAUAUAGUCUGGGCCCUGCUCACUCUGUUCACCGUCUCCACUGGGGAAGGCUGGCCACAGGUCCUGCAGCACUCUGUGGACGUGACAGAGGAGGACAGAGGACCCAGCCAGGGCAACAGGAUGGAGAUGUCCAUCUUCUAUGUCAUCUACUUUGUGGUCUUCCCCUUCUUCUUCGUCAACAUAUUUGUGGCUCUCAUCAUCAUCACCUUCCAGGAGCAGGGAGACAAGAUGAUGGAGGAGUGCAGCUUGGAGAAGAAUGAGAGGGCUUGCAUUGACUUUGCCAUAAGUGCCAAACCCCUGACCCGCUACAUGCCUCAGAACAGGCAGACGUUCCAGUACCGCCUCUGGCACUUUGUGGUCUCCCCCUCCUUUGAGUACACCGUGCUGGCCAUGAUUGCACUCAACACCAUUGUUCUGAUGAUGAAGUAUUACUCAGCCCCACCAGUGUACGAGGCUGUGCUGAAACACCUGAACACAGCCUUCACUGUGCUCUUCUCUGUGGAGUGUGUCCUCAAGAUCAUGGCAUUUGGCUUUCUGAACUACUUUCGAGACACUUGGAAUAUAUUUGACUUCAUCACGGUGUUGGGCAGCAUCACAGAAAUAGUGGUGGACCUGCAGUCAAUUGAGACCUUCAACAUGGGUUUCCUGAAGCUGUUCCGAGCUGCUCGACUGAUCAAGCUGUUGAGGCAGGGUUACACCAUCCGCAUCCUGCUCUGGACCUUUGUCCAGUCCUUUAAGGCUCUCCCCUACGUUUGUCUGCUCAUUGCCAUGCUCUUCUUCAUAUAUGCAAUCAUCGGAAUGCAGGUUUUUGGAAACAUCCGACUGGAUGAGGAGACUCACAUCAACCAACACAACAACUUCAAGACCUUCUUCGGUGCUCUGAUGUUGCUAUUCAGGAGUGCCACGGGGGAGUCGUGGCAGGAGAUCAUGCUGUCAUGUUUAGGGGGGCAGAAGUGUGAGCCAGACCCCUUAGCUCUAACGUCAGACCAUGAGGAGCGCUGUGGAACUGAGUUUGCCUACUUCUACUUUGUUUCCUUCAUCUUCUUCAGCUCAUUUCUGAUGCUGAAUCUGUUUGUGGCUGUGAUCAUGGACAACUUUGAGUACCUCACCCGGGAUUCUUCCAUCUUGGGGCCUCAUCAUCUGGAUGAGUUUGUUCGUAUCUGGGGUGAAUACGACCGAGCUGCUUGUGGAAGGAUUCACUAUAAGAAGAUGUACACAGUAGUACGCACUAUUUCACCUCCCCUGGGCUUUGGAAAGAACUGCCCCUACACCGUGGCCUGCAAGAGGCUGGUGCUGAUGAACAUGCCCGUGGAUGAGGAGAUGUCUGUUCACUUCACCUCCACCCUCAUGGCCCUGAUCCGAACUGCCCUGGAGGUCAAGAUAGCCAGAGGAGGGGAGGACAGGGGGCAGAUGGAUUCAGACCUACAGAAGGAGAUCAGUAUCAUCUGGCCACACCUUUCUCAGAAGACGCUAGACCUGCUCGUCCCCAUCCACAAAGCCAAUCAUAUGACCAUUGGAAAGAUCUACGCAGCUAUGAUGAUCAUGGACUACUACAAGCAGAGCAAAGCCAAGAAGCUCAGGCAACAGCUGGAGGAGCAGAAACACGCUCCCAUGUUCCAGCGUAUGGAUGCGUCCUCUCUGCCUCAGGACAUCCUCUGCAGUGCCAAAGCCCUCCCCUUUCUGACCCACAGCGCUGGAUCUGCCCUGACCAGAGGAGGGUUUGUGGCCUUGAGUCCCAUCUCCCCCCAGGAGAUGUUCAUGCAGCCCAUGUCCCAGGACCUUGAGGAUAAAGAGGAGGACUACCACCACUAUCACCACCACCACCAGCUCCACACUCUGGUUGGGACGGACAGCAGCAAAUUGAUGAAACGCUCCUUCUCCACUAUUGGUGAUCAGUGCGUAAAUGGGCUGUGGCAGGAGGAGUACUCUCUGGAGAGGGUCAGUUCUGACCGUCUGUGUAGACCACGACAGAGGAGCAUCAGAGGCAUCAGGUCCAACCUCAGGGAACCAGUGGAUCAAGAGCGGGGGCGCUCCAAAGAGCGGCGCCACCUGCUGUCUCCCGACGUGUCCCGCUGCAACUCUGAGGAGCGGGGCCAGGACACGUCACAGGAACGCAAGCAAUCCCGCUCCCCCAGCGAGGGACACGCACAUGUCCACCAUAGACAGGGCAACACUUCAGGCAGCCCAGGCCUGUCUAACUCUGAGUCCAGCACACCAAGUGGCCGUCGGCAGCUCCCCCAGACGCCAUCGCGGCCACGCCUUCACAUCUCCUACUCCCCCCUGAUAUGCCGAGCCCACCCCUCCCCCCCUGCUGUCAGCGAGGGCAGAGCCCAGACCCAGGAGGCCCCUAGAGAGACGGAGGAGCCCUUGUGGAGGGAGGAAGGGGAGAGGCCAGCCCAGGUGGCAGGAGGAGGAUCGGGGGUGGGGGUGGUAGUAGGGGUGAGUGACCCAGGGUUAGGGGUCAGUCACCCACAUCCCUCCCCUCACCGGUACAUCUCGGAGCCAUACCUGCCCCUGCACGAAGAGUUCCACAGCCCAGACUCCUCAGGCCUGGAGGAGACUCUGACCUUCGAGGUGGCCAUUGCAACCAGUCUGGGUCGGGCCAACACCAUCAGCUCUGCCCCCCAGCUCAGACACAACUGGCAGGUCCCCAACGGACACUUCCAUAAACGCCUGGGUCAGGCCAGCUCUGUGGCCGCCUGCGAGCUCCUGUGUGACACCGACGAGGAUGACCGCUGUUAGGGCCGGGACUGGGAGAGGAAGAGGAGGAAGAUGGACAGCAAAACUGGGUACCAGAGAGACAGGGGUCCUCAGUCUGAAGUACACUGUCAGGGCGUGUACUGAGUGUGUGUGUGUGUGUGUGUGUGUGUGUGUGUGUGUGUGUGUGUGUGUGUGUGUGUGUGUGUGUGUGUGUGUGUGUGUGUGUGUGUGUGUGUGUGUGUGUGUGUGUGUGUGUGUGUGUGUGUGUGUGUGUGUGUGUGUGUGUGUGUGUGUGUGUGUAGGAGUGCAAUGGGAAGGUAUGGGAAGUGCACUGCUGACGUACAGUGCAAAAGUUCACCAGUUGCAUUUUGAUUGUUGUUUGAACAAAGUCGAAUAACUGGGGAGAAUGUAUCCUCACUGCUUAGACCUAUGAAAAAUAAUAAGUAUGUUUCAAGUACAGUAUGUAGCUGAAAAUAGCAUGUGAGACUGAAGUAGCAGGAAUGUAUUAAAAUUGUUCUCUUUUCCUCAUGUAAGAUAAGAAGAAAGCUCUCAAUUGUUAGAUCUUUGUGGAUCAUGAAACAGUGAUUGGUGUGUAGGGAUCCGAAGCAGACAUUGGCUGUCACAACAGACACUGCUUUAAAACAACCCAGCUAGCACAUUUGGUUGCUUGGAAAUUGUGGUAACGAAAGUUCUUGGUCCUGGCAACGAAGCCAUAAGUUUCUUCACCAGUAAAAUGCAACGUUUUUUCAACAUUCUGAGAAUGGAGGUGAAAAUAUUGUCUCUUCUGGGAAAGUACAUUUUUAGGUUGUAGAGAGGAUCUGAGAACAUUUUACUAUGGUUACCUGAAAGUUUUAUUAACGUUCUGAGAACGUAAAUUAUAGGUAGUUUUACUGUUUUGAACUCCAAGCACAGAUAGGACAUUCAUGAGGCAUUAAUCAUGCAAACACAUUUCUUUUUUUAUUGUGGCACAGCGCCAGUGAGAUUCAAACGUAUAAUCCUCUGUUUUCUAUUCAUGGAAUUAGUCCACUGUGCCACCAGGAUGCAGUUAGCAUGCCAUGUUUUUUUCAACUCAUACAAAGCUGUUAAUUUUAGUCUAUUCAAAAGACCCUAUUUCAAAGGAAACAAGCACUUAUUAAGAUCAGGUGUGGCUCAUUAGUGGUCAUGGUCAACACACCUGAACACACUUAAGAGUAUAGAACGAGUUUUGUUGAUGCUGUGAACAGAAUCUACAGUAAAAUGUUUGGAC